AUGAACUUGUUUGUAAUUUCAGUAUUCCGCCCGAAUCACAACUACACUUACACGCUAAUUUACGAGAUUUCCUACAAAUAUCCAAGACUUCUCUCAAUUUUGAUGGUCGUUCAUCGGAUAUGUUGUGUCUACAAACCGACAACCAAACAAUUCUCCGAUUCCCGUUUAUGGGUGUAUUGUGGAGGAUUGGCUAUGUUUUGUGUUGUGAUGCUGACAAUCCCAUAUUUGUCUAAUUGUCCGGUUAGCAUGAACCAAAGGAAGUUCGUUGUCCUGCCUGAUUGCCUUCCACGAAGGCAUCCGGUAACCAUAAUCAUCAACAAGUUCGUUGGCACAAUUCCAUUUUUCGCCAUGUCGCUCAACAUUAUUCUGAUUCUCUACAUCCGACAUCAAAAACACAAAUUGCAAAGGGUCCAUUGCACAACAAUCGUGCAAAAUAUGAAGAAUAUCGAGAUGAACAUGGUGCUCCAAUCAUUCUACACCACAAUUUUUCUGACAUUUCACGAUUUGACCUACCAAUUAAUUGAUUAUACAAUGGCAAGUGCAUCGUAA